AAGUGAUGAAACAGGAAGUAGAACCCUCCUCAACACCAUCUACACUGAGCUCUACAUCACAGAGGGACAGAGUGAAGAGGUUCAUAUCCAACAUGAGGUGAGGCAGCUGGAGACAGCUUCCAAGAUGGACGCCCUCCAUGACACUCCAAUCGGGUGCCAGGACAUCUUUAAAGCCUUACCUGACCAACAGAGACCCAUCAGAGUGGUUCUGACCAACGGCGUGGCUGGUGUUGGAAAAACCUUCUCAGUGCAGAAGUUCACUCUGGACUGGGCAGAGGGCUUGGAGAACCAACAUGUCAGUGUGGUGGUUCUGCUUUCAUUCAGGGAGCUGAACCUGAUCAGAGAUGAGCAGUACAGUCUUCUGGAGCUGCUCCAUGUUUUCCAUCCAACAUUACAGAAGGUCACAGCAGAGAAGCUCGCUGUCUCUCAGCUUUUGUUCAUCUUUGACGGCCUGGAUGAAAGCAGACUUUCAUUGGAUUUCACCCACAGGAAGCUGCUGUCUGAUGUCACACAGAAGUCAUCAGUCAGCCAGCUGCUGACAAACCUCAUCCAGGGGAAUCUGCUUCCCUCGGCUCUCGUCUGGAUUACUUCCCGACCUGCAGCAGCCAAUCAGAUCCCUCCUACAUGUGUUGACAGGCUAACAGAAGUACGAGGCUUCACUGACGCCCAGAAGGAGGAGUACUUCAGGAGGAGAUUCAGUGAUGAAGAGCUGUCCAGCAGAAUCAUCUCCCACAUGAAGACAUCCAAUAGCCUCCACAUCAUGUGUAGAAUCCCAGUCUUCUGCUGGAUCACUGCUACAGUUCUGGAGCACAUGUUGACUACAGAGCAGAGAGGAGAGCUGCCCAAGACCCUGACUGACAUGUACUCACACUUCCUGCUGGUUCAGAUAAAGAGGAAGAAGAACAAGUACCAUGAGGGACAUGAGACGAGUCCACAGGAGCUGACGGAGGCUGACUGGGAAGUUCUUCUGAAGCUGGGGAGGCUGGCGUUUGAACAUCUGGAGAAAGGAAACAUCAUGUUCUACCAAGAAGACCUGGAGCAGUGUGGUCUGGAUGUGACAGAGGCCUCAGUGUACUCAGGAGUUUGUACAGAGAUCUUCAAAAGAGAGUGUGUGAUCUUCCAGAAACCUGUCUACUGCUUUGUUCAUCUGAGCAUUCAGGAGUUUCUGGCUGCAGUUUACAUGUUCCACUGUUUCACCAGCAGGAAGAGAAAGAUGCUGGAGGACUUCUUGAAGAUCGAAUGUAAUGAGUCAUCUCUGGAUGGUUUCCUGAACAGAGCCAUGGAGAAAUCCCUCCUAAGUAAAAAUGGCCACCUGGACCUGUUUGUUCGCUUCCUUCAUGGCCUCUGUCUGGAGUCCAACCAGAGACUCUUAGUAGGUCUGCUGGGUCAGACAGAGAUCAGUCCAGAAACCAUCCAGAGAGUCAUCAACAACCUGAAGAAGAUGGACUAUGAUAAAAUCUGUCCUGACAGAAGCAUCAACAUCUUCCACUGUCUGAUGGAGAUGAACGACCUCUCAGUAUAUCGGGAGAUCCAAGAGUUCCUGAAGUCAGAGAACAGAUCAAAGACAGAACUCUCUGAGAUCCAGUGCUCAGCUCUGGCCUUCAUGCUGCAGAUGUCAGAGGAGGUUCUGGAUGAGUUGGACAUCCUGAACUACAAAACAUCAAAGCAAGGACGACUGAGACUGAUUCCAGCUGUGAGGAACUGCAGAAAGGCUGGAAUGACUCAUUGUGGACUCUCAGAGACUCACUGUGAAGUUCUGGCCUCAGCUCUGAAGUCCAACCCCUGCCAUCUGACAGAGCUGGACAUGAGCUGGAACAACCUGCAGGAGUCAUCAGUGAAGCUUCUGUGUGCUGGACUGAAGAGUCCAAACUGUCGACUGGAGACUCUGAGAUUGUGGAGCUGUGGUUUGUCAGAGAUCAGCUGUGAUUAUCUGAUAGCAGCACUGAAGUGCAACCCCUCCCAUCUGAGAGAGCUGGACCUGAGUAAUGACAUCUGGUCUUCGACUAAGAACAAGCUGCAGGAUUCAGGAGUGAAGCAACUGUGUGGUUUUCUGGAGAGUCCAGGAUGUGGACUUGAAACUCUGAGAUUGGAGGGUUGUGGUUUGUCUGAGAUCAGCUGUGAUUAUCUGGCAGCAGCACUGAAGUCCAACCCCUCGCAUGUGAGAGAGCUGGACCUGAGUGACAACAACAAGCUGCAGGAUUCAGGAGUGAAGCAUCUGUGUGGUUUUCUGGAGAGUCCAGCAUGUGGACUUGAAACUCUGAGGUCAGUCAGCAUGUUUUAGUUGUGCUGAGAUAAAUAUGAUGUGAAAGUUGUGCUGACACUAAACUACAGACAUAAGGCUGAUAUUAUACUGAUCCACACUGAGGAUC